UACAGAGCGAAGCAUGCAGGUGUGUGCUUUGGUACGAAAGGAGGGUUGGACUAUUACCUACAUGGUAACAUAACCUCGUCAAUGUUAAAGCUGCUGGUAUUAUUAUUGUUAGAACGCAACAUCAGUGACUGGUUAUUUGGUUAUGCUUUUAAAAUAUCGAAGUCCAACGAAAUUACGUAACUCUGAACAUGAUGCGUGUUUAUGAAGUGCUGUUGUGUUGUGUUAUGUGAGGGUGUACCAGAUUUAGGCAGAAUAGAACCACAUUCGAUGCUUUCCAUGCAGCAGUGACAACUGUGGAUCCUCCAUUUCGGCGAGUGUUGGAAUGCAAACUAACUGUUCAGCUUAUGUCUGACUGUUGUCUUAUUUAUGGCUUUCACUUCCGCUAAACAGUCGACACAUCAAUCAGUCCGUAAGAUGAUCAUCGCACUGGUCGUAGGAUUGACAGCUGUGUUGCUUCCCGGUUUGAGUGUACAGCAGUGCUUCAGCCCCGAUGACACCAAGGUUCAGAACAGCCCAAACACCCGACAAGACUUGUUCAUAGGGGAGCAGGCCUUCAGCUUGGCGAUGCUUCGGGAAGCAGUCGCAGACAACCCCACAGGCAACGUCUUCUUUUCACCCUACAGCGUUUACAACGCACUUCUGUUGGCGUACUUUGGCGCUGCGAAUCAAACAGAGCUGUCGCUCAAGGCAGCUCUUAGGAUUCCAGAAUCUCAGAGCAAGAUCAGCACAAUGCAGGCGUACAGGUUCGAAAAGUACUUCCAGAGCAUGCGAGAGAUAAAUGGAUCAGAGAGCUACGAGCUGCGGUCGGCUAACAAGCUCUUCAUUGCGAAGCGACUGAAACUGAGGGAUUGCAUAGCACACUUGUUUGAGGAUGAGGUUGAACCCGUGGACUUCGUUGCGAAUCCAGAGGCUGUAAGACAAAACAUCAACAACUGGGUGGAGAUACAAACCAAGCGCCACAUCCAGGACCUCAUCCCGAAGGACAGGAUCACGGCCGACACAGAACUCGUGCUGGCAAAUGCAGCAUACUUCAAAGGUCUUUGGAAGUCACAGUUUUUGCCAGAACAUACGCGCAAGGAUGUGUUCUAUGUGUCACACACCAAACAGACUCUUGUUGACAUGAUGAAGCAGAAGGGGACGUUCAACCACAUUGUAUCAGAGAAUCUGGGUGCACAUGUACUGGAGCUUCCGUAUAAGGGGAGUGAGGUCAGCAUGUUUAUCUUCCUACCUCCUUAUGCCAAGUCAAAUGGCAUUGAGGCUGUCAUUAAGCAGCUGUCUGUAGAGGGUCUGCAGGAUAUCGUAGAGGAAGACUCUCUGAGAGCUGUUGAAGUUGUCAUCCCCAAGUUCACAGUUGAACAGAGCCUUGAGCUUACACCGAUUCUGGAGCGACUGGGGAUUGGAGACCUGUUCCAGUUUACGUCUGAUCUGUCUGGCUUUACAGAAGAUGGCGAUCUGCAUCUGGAUAAGGCAGUGCACAAAGCCAAGAUUUCCGUAGAUGAACAAGGCACAGUCGCUGCAGCUGCCAGUGCCGUAAUCUCGUUCCGUUCCUCAAGGCCUCUGACCCCCGCACGCUUUAUCGCCAAUCAUCCAUUCAUUUAUCUUCUGUUUGACAAGACGUCACAGACCAUCCAGUUCAUGGGUGUCUACAGAUCCCCAAAUAAUUAAUUUUAUAUCUGUAGAGACUCACAGACUAGAAAAUCAACGUUUUGUUGAAGGAACUGGAAUAGUUUAUCUCAAUAUUGUAAAUUCAAGUUUCAAAUUUGAAUAGAACUGUGAAAUUUUGAGUGCCAUUAAGACAGUACCGGAAGUCAAAGAACCUGCUCAGAGAUUGUGGGGUGCCGAUGCGUAAGGGACACCACAGAGUUGGAUACUAGAAUUUUUCGACAUUAAAGAUUUUUUGGAAUACGCAUUUUGGAAUUUUGUUUAAUAAAGAAUAGCAGCUUGCCUUCCAUGUGUUAGAAUGCGUACACGAUGUAGCAUAGCCCCCCUGAAUAGUUUCUAGCGUUAUAAUUUUUCCUAAGAUUUAUGUUAAGGUAUUUUUGAAUGUAAUACAUUAGAAAACUUGACCCCUGUUUAUUUAAACAUAUAAAUUAAAUACAAUGUAACAAGAGGAGUAUUUUAAGUUUGUUGAACAAAUAUUA